AUGGCUCGCCAGCGUUCCAGGGCGAGGCGUUUCGCCUAUCCGAGUUUGGACCGGACAGCCACCUCCUUCCGCCUCUUGCGGCUCUGGAGCGGCCCAAGAGAGUCGAUUAUCCGAUGCGACCUCUUCGCGGCUGACAUUGGCGAAUGGGAGGGACAGUAUCAGGCGGCUUCAUACGUAUGGGGGGACCAGAGCGGCCGCAAACAUCAAAUCAUAAUUAAUGGCCAGGAGUACUUUGCUCUGGCGAACCUGCACGCGUUUCUCUGGACCUUGCGGGACACCAUCGGCAGCGAGGAGUCCCUUGUUCUCUGGGUAGAUGCCAUCUGUAUUGAUCAGGACCUGGGUCCCGAGCGCAGUCACCAGGUCUCGCUCAUGUCAUCCAUCUAUCCAAAAGCCGAGCGGGUCAUUGCGUGGCUUGGUCCCGAGGCGGGACCGACCUGCGACUUCAAGCGAUGUCUCGAUGAUUUCCUGUCCGGGAGAACCUGUCCCAGGAAAUACAUCUUGGGUAACUGCCUGAGCAUCAUGGGUUUGGAGUAUUGGUAUCGCAUCUGGACUUACCAAGAGCUCAUCCUGGCACGGGACGUCGAUCUACUCUGGGGCAGCUACUGGCUCCCUUGGGAGGGUGUUUUAUCAUUAUUACAGUCGCCAGAAAUAUGGACUGUUGGAGAACAAGAAUGGGUAGAAGGCGAGGCAGAUGCGCGAAAGAAAAUCAAUGAGGUGAUAGAAAUAGAGAAAUACCGGAGAGGUGGUCAGCCCCGAUGCCUUUUGACCAUGAUCUCCGACAUACACCAGCGGCGGUGCUCGCGCAGCCUCGACAGGAUCUACGGCGUCCUCGCGGCGGUGAACUGCUCUCACGAACUCGAGAAAGGGUUCCCGGUCGAUUACACCUGCACCCCGGCCCAAGUCUUUGUGCAGUUUGUGCAGCGAUGCGGGUCGCGGGACGGAAUACGCGCCAUCGAGGUCGGGCUGCAAGCAUUGGGGCCGGAACUUGAUCUCGAGUCGCGCGACACAAGGCUCCUGGAUCGAGAACACGUCGUUUCAAUGCCAAGAAUGGUCUCGAUAGAGGUAUGCGGCCUUUCCAGGGCACGUGGCGACGCUUUUCUCCUCCACACGGAGUCUGGAGCUUUUGAAUGCAUCCGGGACAGGUCCGGGGUUGCGGGUGGUCUCUGGGCUGCCUUUUACGAGAACCGACGGGCUCUGGAGCUGUAUCGGCUGGGCAACACCUGGAUGGCCAUGAUCCUGCAGCAGAUGGAUGAGACGGAAGGCCAGGUGUCAGGGCAGAGAAACAUGCGCCUCCUGGGUCUGUGUUUCAGCCCGGAAUGGUCGCGGACUGGACGAGAAGAGGACCUGCAUCGAGCGCUCCGGCACCUAGACAGGAUUCUGGUCCCGGGAUUCUUGCGGAAGACCUCACCUUUUAUCGUUGAGAACGAGGAGGGCAUGUCAAUGACAAGCAACCUCAAGACACUGACCAAGAUGCUGAGCACCUUGGCGAUGAUGGGCACGCAAGUGCGAGGGCCGUGGCGGCGUGGCAACGAGAAAUAA